GUACACAGUUUGCAAGAGGUGCUAGUUUUUUAUGGUAUUUUUUCUCUUAAUUAACAUGGAAGACGAUGUCUUUUUAUGAAAUUUACACACAUACGUGUUGAACAAACACACAUCAUGUCUGAUAUAGAAGAAAGCAAAUUUUAUCUGCAGCUAUGGGCGUUCACAACGGGCCCAGCAAUCGAUGCAAUGCACAUGUAUUUUGAAAUAAAUGUACUGAACAAAACAAAACUGGAAACAUUUUUAAAUAAUACGAACAACAAACAUGUAUUAUUUCAUCAAUGCUUUCCAGAAAUGCCUUGCUGCGAAUGUAAUAUACAUUCUAUUGCAUCAAAAGGCAAGAAAGGAUGUCUGAACAAACAACAGUUAAAAAUACUAUUUGAUGAUACUAAUUUACCCAAACCUAAUCACGAGAAAACGGCAGGAACACAAACCACACAGUUUUGUUUGUGUAAAUAUUCUGCAAAGUGCUCAAUUAACAUUGACAGUUUAGAUAUCACACUAUUUUAUGCUAUUGUUCAACAUUGUUGCCCAACGGCAAUGAAUUUUGCAUGGCGUAAAAGUGUUAAAGACGUUCGGAAUUUUCUUGCUCAUGUCGGAAACGGACAGGUUACAAAAUCAGAUUUUCAGAACCUCUGGCUAUCACUAGAGCUAGCAACUUAUGGAUUCGUCGAAGAACUAGGAAACAAAUGUUUGAAAAUGUUCAAAAAGGACGUUUCCCAUAUUAAAAGCUCUUCAAUUGAAAGUUUGAAAAUAACUCUUAAAGAGACAAGGGAUCAACUAUGCAAGACAUUGAAUCAUCUUAAUGGAUUUAAGCCACUCUGUACAGAUGUAGCAGAAUCAAAAAAUAUUUUACAGUCCAUGCAAACACAGCAGUCAGAACAGAAUAUGAGAGUUGAAAACAAAUUAGAAGUGAUGGAAUCUCUAUUGCUAGGAAUCAUAGCUAAUCAAAGGAUAGACAAAUUAAAAUCUUCGGUUUCCGUCUAUGAUUCAGAAGAAAGCAUCCACACUGACGCAAUUAAAAACACCUCAUCGAGUUCUGUUUCUUUGCAAUGUACAAUCACAUCCUCCGUCCUUGACGAGGAUAAAGCAUUAGCACAGAUUACUAAAGACGAGAACGAAAAAGAUGAAAAACAGUUUAAAAUUAAGUCAGCAGAGAAGAAAUGUUUGCUUCUACAUCUUCAAUCAAGCAGAGAAAUUUUCAAAAGCGUAGAGUCGUUGUGGUAUGCUAUCAACAGUCUGUUGAAAAGAAUAGUUAAAGCUGGAGAAAUAGAUACAUCUGUUGAGAGUACUAUGAACAUUAAACUUGCACUCACUUCACCUGUCACCGAGGAAGAAAGAAAAGUAAUAUGUGCAAUGUUGUCAAUAUAUGGCGAUCUGAAUGAAAAGCACAUUUUGAAUCAGACACAGUCAAGUGACGAGGCAAACUUUGCUAUUAAGACAGAAUACAUUUCCAAGACAGAGGGUGGUAAAAAACCCAGUAUUUCCGAAGCUCAUCAAGACGUCAUUGAUUCAAUCCCUGUUAAGCAGAUCAAAUUUGAAACAGAUGACAUAAAAUAUGUGUAUACAAAAGUUACAGACAGAACAGAUUCUAACUCAUUCCAGGAAGUAAAAACGGAGAAAGAUGAAGUGAAAUACGAUGAGAUUUUUGUAGAUGUUGACAACUUGAAAUGUUUGUUAAAAAUAAAGGGACUACCAAAUGACCUAUAUCAGACUGAACUGGAAGAAAGGCCAUCUGAUGUAAAAGGUACUCAGUUACUUUACGUCGAAUGGACAAUGGAGUGUCCGUCAAAAUGGGACGUAUCAUUGAUUUCAUCAAGUAUAAAUGACAACUUGUCUACUUUUCAUGACGAAUUCUCCGUCGACUACGUAUAUACAGAGACCAGUAGAACAUUGAUAAUACACACAACAGCACAAAGAUGUGUUUUUAGAUCCUACUCAUCACUGGAAGUGGCAGUAAAAAAUCUUUUAGGCAACGUUUUAAAUGUGUCCAACAUUAAAUCCACUGAACCAGCGGACUUGUAUGCUACUGUUCUAAUAAUGACCAAACCAGAUGAAGGAGAAUUAUCUCAAGCCAAUAUCAACAAAAAGGUGAAAACAGAUCAAUCCAUAUUCGGAUUAAAAGACAACAUUGUGACAUGUGAACAUUGCUCUAAGGAUUUUAGCUGUAAAAACUGUACGUCAAACAUGAACCACAUCAGAAAAAUGGACCAAGCUCUCAAAAUGAAGGAACAAACAAUACAUAGGUUAGAGAUGGCAUUAACGAAAAGAGAAGAAGAAAUGAAUGAAGAGGACAAAUCUGACUACGAAUCCGAAUAUUCUGUUGAAAGGAAUACACUAAGCAAAGAACCAGAGGAGGACAAACGAAAUACAUCAAAAACAACGGAAAUAGAAACUUUAGAAGAACCAGAACAAAAGAAAAGAAAAAUAGAAAUUCCUUCAGAUAAUCCAAAGUUAAAGGAUGCAAGUAAAUCAUUAGACAAAAAUGGUAGUAAUAUACUGGUUGAUGUGAAGCAAGCAUUACAGAAACUUGCUGAAAUUUCAUUGGUUGACUAUUACAUACAGAUGUAUAGAAAAUAUUUCAAGGAUCUUAAGAAAAAGUGGGAUCCUAGAAUAGUUCGGGCUCAAAUUAGACCGAAAAGUGAAGAUGCAAUACUUGACAACCUUUUAAAGGAGAAAAAGAAGAGAACGAAUUUAAUUGAGAAGUUGAAAGACGUUAUUCAUAAUCAGGAGGAGUUUACAACCACAAAGAAGGCUUUUUGUACUGACUUACAGUUUCUGAAUGUCGAAAAUCCCACUAUAAAGUGCUAUAACUGUCAAACUAAGGAGGAUAGUCAUAUUUCUUGCUACUGCAAGGACUGUCAGAUACUCAUCUGCGAUACUUGUGUGAUAGAACAUCGAAUGAAAAACAAAAAUCAUAAAUAUAUCUAUCAUCACGAUAUUUUACGCGGAUAUAAACUAGCAAAUUCAUGGGUACUACCUAUUUAUUCCAGGAUAUUUGAUUUGAAAUAUAUGGCGGCUGACAUUGUAGCAGUAUUGCUAGGUGAAAAAUUGUGUACUUAUAACUUGACAGGAGGAUUGAUUAGUUCUUUCUCCAUAACAAUAGAUGAAGAAAAGAGUCGGAUAGCUUGUAUAAAUGAUUGCAAGAUAGCAGUUACAGUACCUAGUAAUAACCUGAUACAAAUUUUCACUAUCCUAGCUUCCACCACAUUAACGGAUUUAAGAACUCCCGAAGGAACAAAUAUGACUGGGGGAAUAACAUGUAGAAUGGAUAUGUUAUACGUGGCCUUCUCUGAUGCAAUACGAUUAAUGGAUUUAUCAGGACAAAUACAGAGAGUGGUGAACAUACCAAAUGUUAAUAUACUUCAUUCUGUGAACAACGACAAGAUGUUAUGUGUAUACUCCAAAAAAGACUCAGAAAAAUCUAUGUCAUGCCUUGACUUUAAUAAUGACAGUUUUAAUGACUUUGAACGUUUCCCGUUCCAUCCUGAUGAUGUUGCUACUGAUGACGUCGGUAAUAUAAUUUUUAUUGACAAUGGUAUCAUUUGGCAGGCUGAUAGUGACGGAAAGAACUGUAAAAUCAUAAUAACAGCAAAAGGUAGCAACUCGUAUGACUCGUAUGAACACUUAGCUUACCAUAAAGAUUCAAAAAUAUUGUUAAGCAAUGGUAAUUACUGGGAUCAUGAGGUUAAAAUGUACAUUAAACUAGAAUAGAUGAUACUGAUACAUUGUACACAGUGUGUUUAUAGUAUUACGUGUUAACUAAAUAUACCAAAUCAUCUUGCUCAUAAAAGUGAAAAUGAUGAUAAAAACAGAUAAAGUCGUUUUGUUUUAAUUCAAAUAUCAGAAACAUCAAAACAUCUUAAACAUUGUUUUCUUUCUUUUUACAAUGGGGAACUAUUUGAAAUCAUUUAUACUUAAUAACACACUUUAAGAUCAACAAUGGUUAUCAUUAACGCACAGAAAUGUAAAUAUGAAAACUUUAUGAAUUCAAAUGUCUAAUGUACUAUACUAUUAUUCUAACGAUUAUUUAUGAAGUGUUAUCUGUCAAGCUAUGAUGGUAGUAUCAGAUUAGUACUUUAUGCUUUAGUAUGGACAUGAUUAAUAACAAGCAUGUUUUAAAUUCUCUGUUGAUAAAUAAA